GGCCCUUUGGACAUGUGGUGUAAUCUUAUCCAAUCCUAGCCUUGAUUGGAUCAUUGUCAGAAAAAAAAUUUUGCAAUGCAAAGACAUGAUUUGAAUCUUGGAGUAAUGUCGAAGCUCGUCGGUUUCCAGUUUGUUUUUGACGAUGAUUCGCAUUUUCUUCGUCCAAGCUGAGAUUUUCAAAGGGAGUGGUCCACCAAAACCGCUUGUGUGUGAAUUUUCUUCACCCUUCAUCUUCUCCUGUAUUAUUUUAUAUAUGCACUAUGCAGAUUCUUCCUGUCCGGAUUUUAGGUUUAAGCGGCUGGCUCAGGCAAGGACUUGGAACCAGCACACACCGAUUCACCGUUGACCCGUUUUGAUGAUAGCCUUUUUUCCAUGUGAUCUGGGGUACUUUUUGCUUAAAAGGUUGAUUGUCCGCAGUUUGGAAAGCUUGUUAAUUUGGUGUUUCCUCGUGCGUUUAUGGCUCUUGAUUGGUCGCCGGACUAGUGGAGAUUGAAGUUCUCAAAAGGGUCCACGUAGUUCUUCUGUUGAUGUGGGUAUGGAACACAUCAUAUAUUGAAAGAUGAAGUCGCCUAGCAAAGCUGAAAUGUGCUACCAUGGGAAAAACUGCUUAUCCGCUCAGGAAGCUCCAUGUUGCUGUCACUUUGCUGCCACUGUGUUGCAGCUUUGACACCACAACUCCAACACUCUCCUUGGUGUUAAAGCUUGGAUAAACAUUUCAGCUCCUCCUACAAUGCUGCAGCUUCAUCUUGCUUGGAUUUGUUGCUCUAACAAAUUAUUCGAGCUAUAAACAUUUUCAGCAACUCCAUUUCAACAACUUGUCCUUCCUUGGAUCUUUGCUGAGCUUUUCUGUAAGUUAACUCAGUUUUCUUUGUUUUUCAUUUCCAUCUACAGCUUCAUUGGGGUCACAGGUCAUAUUCAACUUUAUGGUGAACAAGACUUGAUGCAUGCUCUGAGUUUUCUUCCUUUCUCAGGCUGCACCUUCAUUGGACAUUCUUUUUCCCUUUGAACUGCUGGCUGUAGGUACCAUAAACACCUUUAAUUUGUUUGUUGGUCCGGCUUGCCUCUCCACACCAGCUCCUCACCAUGCUUGAUCUUGAGCUAUAGUGCGCCUAACUUAUGCCUUCAUUACUUGCUGAGUGAUUUAGCUAAAAAUGGAAGAAGGAUUUCACUACAAAACCUACUGGAAUCCAUAGAAAGAUUUUUGGUGGUAAAAAGGGGGGAGAGAGGACCUGGACAAGAAGGAGACAGGCACCCGGAGUUACCUCAUUUGGUGAGGGAGAAAAGAAGAUACAACCAUCUUAUAACUUUGCAUCAAUCAAACCUGCAGCAGCCUCUGUUCCAGAUGCCUGAAUACCUUAUUUAUUUAUCCAUACGUGUGGCCUUCUUCUCUAAUUUGCUGGUAUGCAUUCCCCUUGUAAAUGACCCCUACAUGACAGUCAUAAGCAGAGGGAAUAAUUUCUAGUAGUUUCUAAAUUUACUUUUGUGACAAACAUGCCAUGUUUGAAAUGGCAUUCUUGUUCCUGGGUGUUUUUACAGUUGAUAUUCAACUCUCACGUUCUACUCUUCUUCUCUUCCCCUGACUUCUAUAUGAUUGUGAUUUUUACAAGAGAACUAUAUUCACAUCUUGAAUAACUUUGAGUUAGAACCUCAAUUGUGAGAUAUUACAAAAAUGAAAAUCUCUCAUCACA